UAUUGCAAAAAAGUAUUCUUAAGGCUCAAAAAUAAAGAAGUUGAUAACAGAAUUAUUUGCAGUGCGUGUAAAUCUUUGAAAACCUUUAUUUUUCCUUGUGCACUUCGAGAACUUUUUAUCCCAAACCCACACAUUUUGCUCUCUUUUCUGCUGUCUUUUUUGCGGGUCAAAAUAUUUUGCUUGCGAGGUGAAUAGGUUUGCAAGCUGAAAAGUUUUGCAAGUUGAAAAGUUUUGCGAAUUGAAAAGUUUUGUUUGCACGUGAAGCUGUAGCUCAGUGGGCGGUCUCUACCAACCAGGACGAAAGGCAUUUUUCUAUUGGUCACCCUCGAUUAAAGUGACAAAUAGGCCACGCCCACUACGGUUUCCCGCCGCUGCUGCUGCUGCCACCGAGAAGAUAAGAGAAGCGAGAAUGGCGAGCAACAGGUCGUUUACUGGGACUACACAAUUGCAGAUUUUGCAUAGGUCUGUGGAUAGACUUGGUUGCAUUGUUAAUAGGCAUCCCAUUGACUUUGAAUAUCUCCAAUUUGUUUGCUGUCAGGAGUUACAGUUUGUUUGAGCUGGAGCAUCAUAUAUAGACAUACCCCAGGGUGUGGUGGAUGCUCUAGAACAGUUAAAUGAAGUUAUUGCCAAUUAUCUUUCAAAGAGUGUUGUCCCUCCAUUGUUGGACAAUGUAGCUGUACCUGAAUGGAGUGGAAGUGUGGGGCGUCCCAGACUAAACAUACAAAAAGAAACUCUCCAAGACUUGCUCAGCAUGCACUUACCUCUGGCCUCUUUGGCCGAAGUGCAUGGCAUUUCAAGAUCAACCUUAUACAGGCGAAUGAAAGAGGAAAGUCUGUCUGUUAGGAGCAACUAUUCUGAUCUUUCUGAUCAUGAACUUGAUCAGAAGGUUAGAUCUAUAAAGGGAAGAACACCUCAUGCGGGAUACAGGCUGGUGAAAGGGUCUCUACAAGCAAUGGGACAUCGAGUUACAUGGAGAAGAGUAAAAAUGUCUUUGCAACGUGUGGAUGGUGCAGGAGUACUUUCAAGGAUGAUCCAGCUGUCAUGCGUCGCAAGACGUACAUACUCUGUUCCUGCUCCUUUGUCUCUUGUCUAUAUAGACACGAAUCAUAAGUUGAUAAGGUACAACAUAGUGAUUUUUGGGGCUGUUGAUGGCUUUUCAAGGAAGAUCUUUUACCUGGAUGUUGCUGGGAAUAACAAAGCCAAAACAGCUUUUGGGUUUUUCAUGGAUGGAGUAGAAAAAAAUGGAUGGCCAUCAAGAGUACGAGCAGACCAAGGGGUUGAGAAUGUAGACAUUGCUCGGUGCAUGUUUACUGUGCGAGGAACUGGCCGUGGCAGCUUUAUUGCUGGCAAAAGCGUGCAUAACCAGAGAGUGGAACGGCUAUGGAGAGAUGUUUGGACUGCUGUAACAUCAAGUUACUACAAUGUUCUCCACAGCUUGGAAGAGGAGGGAUUAAUUGACCUGUCUAAUGCUGUUCACCUAUUCUGUGUGAGAUAUGUUUUCAUCCCCAGAAUACAUACAGAUUUGCAGCAUUUCAUAGAGAUGUGGAACUGUCAUCCCUUGCGAACGGAGGGAAAUUUGUCACCGAAUCAACUUUGGAAUAUUGGGAUGUUGCAAGCACCUGUGUCAGAGCCUGAUUUUGCAGAGAUUUUGCAAGCAGAGGAAUUAUUCUUCCAGAAUCCACAGAGUGUUGACUCUGAACAUGGAGUCAUUGUCCCAGAGAUACCUUGCCCCUUGUCACCUGAAGAUUUUGCUACUUUACAGAAUCAAGUGAACCCCAGCGUUGAGUCCACUUGCUUUGGCUAUGACAUCUACGUACAAGCAUGUCAAUUAACUUUAAAUCUAAUGUUAUAAAUAUAUAAAGCCUAGGCGUGUUCGUUCAUGCUUUCUCUCGAUCGCGAUUUGAACUCUCUGUAGUGAACUGAGCUCUUUGUAGUGGAACGAGUUUUCUGUAGCGGACUGAUUUGUUUGUUUAUAUUUAUCACAUUGUACAUAGCGCACAUUCUUAUUUUACUGGAUCUAGUGGCUUUGGCUUUUAUUAAUUUUUCUCUUUCAAAUAUUGUUUGUCAUGUUCUUCCACCUCACUUCACAUCCAGCAGCAUAUUAAUAUAUAAAUGUUACGGUACAUUCCCUACUUUUAAAGUUCGUAACAGUAUAUGUAUGAAAAAAGGGCUCCUGCUGUAUGGUUUGUCUUA